AUGGCAUCGAAUGGUACUCACAACGACUUCAUCAACAUCACCACUCCACAUUCUAGGGCGCCCAGCAUGGUUCAAGAGACGCCUGCUCCUGCCCCACGGCCACGCUUGCCGGUCAGAAAACAAGCUCCUCAGAGGAACAUCGACGAGUUCUGGAACAAAUUUACGACCAAACACCCCGGUAAGAUCUUUACAAUCUUACCCGACAAUCUGUAUGCGAAACGUGCCGCCGCACAUGCGCCGAGAGGUUCCAUACCUGGGGUCAAUGCGCUUGCAUCCUACGAGGAGGCCAAGGAAGCCUGCACCAGAAAGGUCGCAAAGAUCGUCAAAGAAUGCCGACGACUGAACCAAAAGUAUCGAGAUCCACAUUUCGAUAUAGAGGCCGACUUCAAACGGUCGCAGCUUAUUCCAGACACUCCCGCCGACUGCUUGACUGGGCUCAAUGAAGAGAACGCCGACUUCCAUCCUUUGUCGGUUAAGAGAGUCGAGGACAUCUUCGAUGAACCACGAUUUUUCAUCGAAGGCGCCACCGCGAACGAUGUACGACAGGGCAACGACGGUGACUGCUGGUUCAUGUCGGCACUAGCGACGAUCUCGAACAAGGAAGAAUUGAUACAGCGGGUGUGCGUUGCGCGCGAUGAGCAGGUCGGCGUGUACGGAUUUGUCUUCCACAGAGAUGGCGAAUGGAUAUCCGAGGUCAUCGACGACAAGCUAUAUCUCAUCAAGGAGGACUUUGACGAAGCAAAACUUGAGCGCUCCCACUGGUUGGAACUUCAGAACCGGAAAAGCCCCGAAGAUGAGUACCGGACUGUCAUGCAAACCGGUUCCAGGGCCCUGUACUUCGCGCAAUGCAGCGAUGCCAAUGAAACAUGGCUGCCACUGCUGGAAAAGGCUUUUGCCAAAGCACACGGCGACUACAGUGCCAUUAAUGGCGGCUUUGUAGGCGAAGGUAUCGAGGACCUGACUGGAGGCGUUACGUCUGAAAUCUUUGCAACCGACAUCUUGGAUAAGGACAAGUUCUGGCACGAAGAGCUCAUGAAUGUCAAUAAGACGUUUCUCUUCGGAUGUGGCCAGAUGGGCGGUAUCUACGGCGCUCGCAAAGGUAUCCAAGAGAAACAUGCAUACUCCGUCAUGGAAGCACGCGAGAUCGAUGGCCAGCGCCUGCUGAAGCUUCGGAACCCCUGGGGCCGCACCGAGUGGACUGGUCGCUGGAGCGACGGUUCAGAAGAAUGGACUCCAGAAUGGAUGAAGAAGCUAGACCACAAAUUCGGGGACGACGGUGUCUUCUGGAUCUCGUACAAGGACCUUCUGCGUACCUACCAGCAUUUUGACCGUACACGACUGUUCGGUCCGGAAUGGACGGUUUCUCAGCAGUGGACAAGUGUCAACGUUCCGUGGAGCGUCGACUACCUCGACACCAAAUUCAAGAUACAUCUCGCGAAGGGCGGCCCCGUAGUCAUCGUGCUUAGCCAGCUUGAUGAUCGCUACUACCAAGGUCUGGAAGGUCAAUAUGAGUUUAACCUACAGUUCCGGCUCCACAAAGACGACGAAGAAGAGUACAUCGUUCGCAGCAACGGCACGUACUACAUGACGCGCUCUGUCUCUACCGAGCUGGAUCUUGAGCCUGGUAAUUACACCGUCCUGCUCAAGAUCAAAGCGACCAGAAUUCCUGACAAUCCGACACCUGAUGAAGUCAUUCGGAUGACCUGUACCAAACGGCGCGAGAAACUGCUCUCGAUCGGGCUGUCUUACGAUCUCGCGCAUGCCAAAGGACACUUCAGGGAGCAAGAAGAAGACAAGGCCAAACGUCACAAAGAGGAGAGAGUUGAGCACAAGAAGGCCGAGAUGAAGCAAGCUCAUCAACGCCGUAAGAGAUUACGCCAAAAGGCUGAGCUGCGUGACCUGAAGAAAGCUGCGAAAGAGACGCGCAAACUCAAUCGAUCUGGCGACAUGGCAGAAGUCGAGAGGAAGCUCGAAAGCCUGUCUGGUCUUGGAAUAAAUGUCGAGGAAGACAACCGCACUUCCGGCGACGAAGACGCCAAGCCUGUUCACCAAGCAGUCUCCAGGCACCAUCGUGCAUCGAGCCUUGACCCACUCCGUGAGCGCUCGGCUAGUCCAGGUGGCGGUUUUGGCGGCCGGAGCGGAUACAACAAAGGUCGUGAUGGCUACAAUGCAUCGCUUCCCGGAGCAUUGCAGGGUCGUGGCGGCUACAACCGCGACAGCACUGGCUCUGCGAUCUCUGAAGCUGCAAUCCUUCAAGGACGUGGUGGUUACCACCACAGUCCCCAACCUUCUCCUGCGACCCAUAGUCAAGGCUUUCAAGGGCGCGGAGGCUACAAUCAAAAUAUGCCUGGAGAGCUCCAGGGUAGAGGAGGGUACAACCAGAAUAUGCCUGGAGAACUCCAGGGUCGCGGAGGUUACAAUCAAAACAUGCCUGGGGAGCUUCAGGGUCGCGGCGGCUACAACACAGACUUUCCUGGCGCAUACCAAGGUCGGGACGGAUACAACGAAGGCCAGAUGACGGAUUCGCCUAUUCCCACGCCACUGCCCACGCCUAUGCCCACGCCGCUGACUGAUGAGUUUCGCCCUGGAACGCCCGGUCAAAGGGCAUACAGUCCGCGUCCUGAGCACCGACCAUCAACUGGGGUUCGCCGGGCUACACUCACCCCCAUCCCGGGUAUCCGACCCGGUAUUCAGGUCACUCGCGGACGAAGUGCUAGCGAGUACUCCCACCGCGCUCAGCACGGAAUGCACUCGCCCGACGACAUGUCCGACGACUCGUGGGAUUCUGAUCUCGAUGGCCCCUGCUCGCUCGACUCAGAUCUCUCUGACGAUGAAGACAACAUUCCACGCAUGUUCUCUGAACGCCAGCGCUAUAUCUGCUACAACAACACGCGCUACCCCUACGUCGAAGAGGAAGAUGAAUUCGAGCGCGACCCCUGGAACGCUGUGUGCGUCGUCGGUCUCCGCGUCUUCAGCAGAGACAACACCGAUGUCACCAUCGAAGUGCAAAACAGUGAGGGCGAGACCAAGAAGAAGUCCGAUGGCGACGAUGCAAGUGUAGCAAGCAUGGGUGCGAGCAGACGCAAGGAAAAGGAACUCGAUGUUGAUGAUAGUGCGGCAGAUGCGACGAGUCCGAUGCGCAAGAGGAAUACUGGUCUGGAUGAUGCGCUUGACUCUAAAUUGAAUCGGGCCGAUGAAGCGGAGCUCGUGAGCAAAAUUGGCACGGCGCCGGCAGGCGUGGAGAGGAGUCGCCAGGGGACAUUGAGCUGA